GAGAUGUCCAAGGACCUGUUGCCCGGGCCGUAUCCCCGGACGCCGGAGGAGCGGGCAGCUGCCGCGAAGAAGUACAACAUGCGGGUGGAAGACUAUGAACCCUACCCCGAUGAAGGCUUUGGGUAUGGUGACUAUCCAAAGCUCCCUGAUAAGUCUUUUCAUGAGAGAGACCCCUGGUACCAGUGGGACCAGCCAGACAUGAGACAUAACUGGGGAGAGCCGAUGCACUGGGACUUCGACAUGUAUAUUCGGAACCGUGUUGAUACAAGCCCCACUCCAGUUCCCUGGCACACCAUGCGCAAUCACUUCCUUAUCUUUUUGGGCACCAUGCUGAUCAUGUUUGGUCUUGGAGGAAUGUAUCCGUUUUACAGGCCUGUGGGACCGAAGCAAUAUCCCUUCAAUGACCUGUAUCUGGAGAGAGGAGGAGACCCCAAUAAAGAGCCACCAGUGGUGACACACUAUGAAAUCUGAAAGUCGUUGGAAGUGCUGUGUUUCUCUUGCAUCAGCUCCACUGGGGAUGGCAACUUGUCUAGUGUUCACUGUGGCAAAUGUUAAUGCUUGUUCAACAUUCAACCACUAACUGCAGUGAAAUACAUUGAUAAUACCUA